ACUGCUAACCCAGGGAUCCCCAGUGCAUAGGGAUUAGGAGUCACCACUACACUCAGGUGCUGAUUUUUAAAUAGCAUGGAUAACCUGGAUAAGUGUUUCCCCCAACUGUCAACUAAAUUAACCACAUUCAUUUGUUUACCACAUCAGUGCCCCUAUGUGUCAUGUGUACACGCGCGCGCGCGCACACACACACACACACACACACACACACACACGACUAGAAACCAGCCUUUUGAGUCGUCCCAGAAAGAAAGACAUCUAUCAGUGUAAACUGCAAUUAGAGGCAACAGUUCCUUCACUUCUCCCUACUAUGAAAAACAGCUCCUGAGAUCUGAACUACAGACCAUUAUUUGAAUUGUACCCACUGCAGCUGGAAUUAGCUUCUAUUCAGAGUAGUAAUUACCAUGGAAGGCAGAACUUUAGGCCUCAUCCCCAGGAGUGCUGUGUUCCAGAAGCAAGGGGUGCACCUGACUGUGAAGCAGGAGCCAGGAAGCCAGACCUGGGGACAGGGUUUCCGUCUCCAGAAGAACCACCCUCCUGUCUGUGAAAUCUUCCGGCUGCACUUCAGGCAGUUAUGUUACCAUGAGAUGUCUGGGCCUCAGGAGGCACUGAGCAGGCUGAGGGAGCUCUGCCACUGGUGGCUGAUGCCAGAGGUCCAUUCCAAGGAGCAGAUCCUGGAGCUGCUGGUGCUAGAGCAGUUCCUGAGCAUCCUGCCUAGGGAGCUUCAGACCUGGGUACAGCUUCAUCACCCCAAGAGUGGUGAGGAGGCUGUGGCCAUGGUGGAGGAUUUCCAUCGACAUCUCAGUGGACCAGGAGAGGUUUCAGCCCCAGCACAGGAACAGGAAGCUCAUUUGAAGGAGAAGACAGCUCUGGGUGCAACAAAGGGCUCUUCAUGCCCCAGUGGGAGCUUAACCCCUGAAGCCCAUGUGGAGCCUCAAAACUCAAGGACACAUCACCUCCCCAAUGCAUACUUUGCUGCUGCUCUUCCCCAAGUGGAUGACCCAGAAGACCAAGCAGUGGCCACUGUGCAUCAGAUGACCAGGCUUCAGGAGACUGCAGUGAAUAUGGACUGUAUGCAGAAAAGGUGGAAAGGCUUGAAACUGAAGGAGAAAGUCUUAUUCCAGAACAUGAUGCCACAAAAUCACAGCAUCGCCAUAUUGGAUAAGAACAGGAUGGAAAAUUCUGAGAUUACUCCACAGCAGGACAUUUCUGAAGGAUCAGAUUCAUCUGGCAAGUCCUCAGAGGGCCUCUUUGGAGUGGCUGCUGCUGGACCAGAAGCUGAACUUGUGUGUGAAGAUGCUUUAGCACAGCUGGAAGGACAGCCCUCCAGUGUAAAAAGGAGUGGGCCAGAAAGUGAAUUUUUGGAAAUUACAGGGGAGGAUAAGAACAAUUCUACAAUAGACAAGUAUGAGGAAUACAAGGGUAUGGAGGAACAUCCAAAUUUGUCCUCUAGCCCUGUUGAAUAUCAGGGUGUUCCAAAGACAAAGAACUUCUAUCAGUGUGAUGAAUGUGGCCAAAUAUUUAACCAGAGUUCACAUCCCAUUAGCCACCAAAGAAUUCACAGUGCAGAGAAACCCUGUGAGUGUAAUGAAUGUGGUAAGACUUUCCAGGAGACCUCUCAGCUGGUUGUACAUCUCAGAAUUCACAGGGGAGAAAAUCCUUAUGAACACAGUGAAUGUGGGAAGACCUAUCGACAGAGCUCUCUUCUCUUUCAGAACCAGAGACUCCAUAAUGGACAGAAACCUUAUAAAUGUAGUGAAUGUUCAAAAGCUUUUACUCACGGUUCCCAACUUACAGACCACCAGAGAACCCAUACUGAGCAGAAACCUUGGCAAUGCAGUAAUUGUGGAGAAGUGUUCAUUCAGAGCACAAGUCCUAUCCAACAUCAGGUCCUUCACACUGAUAAGAAACCCUACAAAUGUAAUGAAUGUGGAAAAGCCUUCUGUUCCAACAGAACUCUCAUUGAUCAUCAGAGAAUCCACAAUGGGGAGAAGCCUUAUGAGUGUAUUGAGUGUGGCAAGUCCUUUAGUAGGAGUAAGUGUCUUCUACGACAUCAGAGCCUCCACACUGGGCACAAACCAUACAAAUGUAAUGAAUGUGGGAAAGCCUUCCAUCAGAACUCCCAGCUUGUUGACCAUGAACGAAUUCAUACUGGAGAAAAGCCUUUUGAAUGUAGUGAGUGUGGUAAGGCUUUCAGCCUGAGUAAAUGCCUUAUUCGGCAUCAGAGGCUUCACACUGGUGAAAAGCCCUAUAAAUGCAAUGAGUGUGGCAAAUCCUUCAAUCAAAACUCUCACCUCAUUAUACACCAGAGAAUUCACACUGGUGAGAAGCCCUAUGAAUGUAAUGAGUGUGGGAAAGUGUUCAGUUACAGCUCUAGCCUUAUGGUUCAUCAGAGAACCCAUACUGGUGAAAAGCCCUAUAAAUGCAAAAAUUGUGGAAAAGCAUUUAGUGACAGUUCACAGCUUAUUGUACACCACAGAGUUCAUACUGGGGAGAAGCCUUAUGAAUGUACUGAGUGUGGGAAAGCCUUUAGUCAGCGUUCCACUUUUAACCACCACCAGCGAACUCAUAGUGGGGAAAAGCCCUCAACUUUGCUUCAGUCUGUAUCAUAAGGUAUGGUUCUUGGAGACAGAAUUCUGAGUUGAGCUUUGUUACAAGUCAGAUGCUUGCCUUAGUCUCUUUGAACCAAUAAUUAAGGAAGCUCCUUUAACCACUGAGCCAUCUCCUCUGAACAAGUAAUCAAAUUUGACCAUUGCUUAGUGCUUUUCACUGGGUUACUAAGAUGUCAAACUUAGUGCAGUCCCUUCCCAGUGGGGAGAAAGUGGAGACCACACAUUUUAUUCUAGUUUUCACUUUCCUUCCCCCCCACCCCGCCCCUUGAGGUAGGGUUUCACUUCAGCUCAGGCUGACCUGGAAUUCUCUAUGUAUCUCAGGGAGGCCUCAAACCCACGGUGAUCCUCUCCUACCUCUGCCUCCCAAGUGCUGGGAUUAAAGGUAUGCACCACCACGCCCAGCUGUUUUUAUUUUUUAAACUGUCUUGAAAUCUAUUGUAUUGCUUAGUUUUGCAUUCCACAAUCAGUCAUUUUCACAUAGAGAGAUUGUACCUUCUGUUGUUGUUUGGUUUUUGUUGUUGUUGUUGUUGUUUUUCGAGGUAGGGUCUCACUCUGGUCCAGGCUGACCUGGAAUUAACUCUGUCAUCUCAGGGUGGCCUUGAACUCAUGGCAAGCCUCCUACCUCUGCUUCCCAAGUGCUGGGAUUAAAGGCGUGUGCCACCACACCCAGCUAAAGAGAUUGUACCUUCUAACUUCUGAAUAUCUUUACACAGAGAUGCAAUACAAGACUCAAGACUGAUUUUUUUCCUACCUCUUGACUUGCUCUCAACUUUUUUUUUUUUUAAGCAAGGUCUGUACCCAAGCUGACCUAGAACAACUUCUGUAGACCCAGGAUUGCCUCAAGGUCAUGAUGAUCCUAUGCAGCCUCCUGAGUGCUGGGAAGAUAGGCAUGAGCCUCCUUAUCCAGUUUGCUCACAUUUACUCCAAUGUGUGGUUUACAUGUAUGUUCCCUACCUAGAAAACUUUUUAAAAAUUUGUUUGAUUUGUAUUCCCUCAUUGUCUUCAAACUCCAUCUCAUUUUUGUUUUUGUUUUGUUUUUCAAGGUAGGAUUUCACUAUAACCCAGGCUGACCUGAAAUUCACUAUGUAGUCUUAGGGUGGCCUCGAACUCACGGUGAUCUUUCUACCGCUACCU